AUGGGGGGUGCAAAGAAGAAAGGGGUGGUCGGAGCCGCAUCUCCGUGGCCUAACCACUCGUACAAUCAUAAAGACCACGACGAAAGCGCCCAUGCAGCUGCCAUCCUUACAGAAACCGCAGAGCUGAGGCAAAUCGCUGACCGGACCCAGGGACUACCUCCCAGGGACCUAUUCAUCCGAUUUAUGAGUUCAGUUGAAGACCUGGCAGCUAAGGUGCGCGACCGCGCCAGCAACCAUGGAAGUGACGACCAUGAUGGCCGGAAAGAGGCGCUCCAACAGAUCCAAAAUAUGUUAAACAAGCAGACAGAGGAGAUAAAAACUCUACAGCACUCAGUGCAACCCCCCAAAGCAACCAGCAGCCCCCCUAUGUCUAGCCCCUCUGGCCAUGCAAAAUCUUAUCGGGAUGCGGCUCUAGCGAGUCACCUGACAUCAACAAAGCCCUCGUUGGUCUCGGGCUGGAUGCAGGGCAAUACCAAUGGAUCUGUCAAUACAAAUGGAACACUAAGCACCUCGCCAAGCAGUCCAGCAACACCAUUCCCACUGAAAGCAGACCUGGAGAUCCAUAUCCGGGGCACUAAUCACCAAAUUGUGGACCCACUACGCCACCAGAAGGAGGCCAGACUUGUGGAGCGAGCAAACCGUGCUAUUAGGGAAUCAAAUAACACUAUCAUUGCCCACCGGUCAGUCUCUACAGGCCGCAUCCUCCCCAGCGGGGACAUUGUCCCUACGUGCAGAGAGCCUUGA